CUGCUAGGUUGGCUUAUACAACGUGACGGGCAGAAGGUCGGGAGAAGUGUCCGGAGGAGUCACAAACAUUGUCGUUGCUGCUCGCCCGUAGGGCUCCUAGACAAAUGUCGCAAUUAGCGAUGCCGCUUCUGGUCGUUAACCUAGGGUGUGAGAUGACUUACAUCCUAGAACAGCGACUGAAGGCGCAGAACAUCCCGGCAGACAAGGCUUGCAAAGUCCUGAACGACGUGAUCAGGACCAUGUUCGACCCCGGCUAUGUGGAUAAGCUAUUCGCUCCCCAGGACAUGUACACAGUUUCUCAGACGCGGAAGAUAUUCGACCGCCUGGCGCACUCCUCCAUCAUGCGCCUCAGCGAGUCCAGCAUGGACAAGCUGUUUGACCUGAUGAUGAUGGGGUUCAAGUACCAGCUGCUGUGUUCCACCAAGCUGGAGCAGAUGAUGGAGGUGACGCUAUUGCACAUCGCGACGGUGCGCUCCAUUGUGGAGUCGCUGCCAGACAAGUCCUCUGCCCCGCUGCUGGGCGCCGUGGAGGCUCUGGUGGCGCGCACCUACAGCGGUAUGGCCAUGGGGCAGCUGCACCUGCUGCGUCAGAGCCUGCUGCGCUUCUUCCAGGACAAGCGGGUCAAGGUGUCGUUGUUCCUGCAGGAGGGCAUCCAGUCCUCCAUGGGUCGCAUCAUCCUGCCCACCCCGCACAAUGCCUACGUGGGCACCGCCACCACCUAUGACAUGGGCGGCGGGCUGGAGGGCCAGACCAAGCUCAAGGUCAAGAGUGGCUCGAUUGACGCGCAAGAGUUCUUCGUGCACCCGGCGCCGCUGGGCACCAACCUGUACAACAAGGACCGGACAAAGGUGGCGCCGCCGCCGCGCAAGGGCGACGCCAUCACGGGGCCCAUCAAGCCCGAGGAGGAGUACAAGACGACAAACGACGAGUACGCGGACCGGCGCGGCGGCGGCGGCGGCACCGAGUUCGCCUACCUGUCGGCGCUGCUCAACGUGAAGCCGCCGCCGGCCGACAACUUCAAGCUCAACCUGUUCGGAGAGGAAGACAUGGGCAUGGGCCCCGCCUCCAGCAGCAAGGUGGCGAGCAUGACGUUUGUGGGCGCGGGAAAGAACGACAAGCACUUGGCCGGAGUCAUGAGCGACCUCAGCUUGGGCGACAAGGCCGCGGGCAAGGGCGGAGACGGACACGACCUCCUGGACCUCAUGGACGGCGCGUGAGCGUGAGCGUGAGCGGCGGGGUGGAAGGGCGGCGUAAGAGGGAAGCCUCCUAUGCAAGCUUGAAGCACGACCCCGGCGCGAGGGUGGCGCGAGGGUGGCGGCGUGGAGGUCGGAGAAUGGCGGCGUGGGUAGUGCUGUAGGAUAGUGACGAGCGAGUCGAUGAGCAGGCAGGGUGUAGCACUGUGUUAGGAAGGCAGGACUCAGGAGAUCCGGCUGGGGCGGGGCGUGCUGCUGUGCGCAGCAGAUGCAUCCGUGCACGCAUUGUGGCGGUAGGUAGUAGGCAGUCAACUCCAAGGAGCUGAAAUGUGGGUGUGCGCUCCCGGUGAGGUUACGGUACACGCAAAAGACCCUGGCGGUGCCAGGAGCUCAUUUUAAGCUAGACCCGUGUAGGCAGUAGGUAAGUGUAGGUAUGUAGGCGUGGUGUAAAGGCGUGCAGGCGAGAACGGUUGCGGUAUGCUGGCAGGAAGAUGUGCAUGUGCAGGGGCAAGCCUGUGCAUGGGCGGUUCGGGUAUGCCGUAACGUGCGCGUUGUGUACCUGACUACUGUACUAGCGGUUGUGUGCUGAAACAAGCGCAAGCCGGGUAGUCAUGGAGCAUGCUGUAAGGAAGGAAGUAA